GAUGGACAAUGCAAGGAUGAACACCUUCCUAGACUAUUCCAUCAUUAACGGAGACACUGGGGCCUGCUCUUCCAGAAGUUACCAUGCAGAUCCAGGAAUUGCAACUUAUCAGUCUUGUGCCGUUAGUAAUAAUAACUGCACCGCUGAUGAGCGCUACAUCGUGGCCAGAAGUGUCCAAAUAGGUGCUCCACCUCCUCCUCCUCAUCAUCAUCACCAGUCUAGCUAUACACACCACAACAACCUGGGCAUAUCCUACAGUGCCCACCCCAACUGUGGAGCAGGAUACCCAGCCCAGAGCUUUAGCACAGGCUACAGUCAUCAUCAUUAUUCAUUGAACCAAGAGGCGGAUGGUAACGGAGGGUACCCUCAGUGUGCUCCUGCUGUCUACCCUGGGAACAUUGGCUCAGCCAUCAGCCCGCAUCAGCACGGCUAUGGUGGGAUGGUGGGGCCAGGCCAAUAUUCCCAUCACCCCUACAGGCAAGAGCAGCAGCAGCAGCAGCAGCAGUCCAGUUUAGCCUUAGUUGCAGGCUGUCACCCUUCGUCCCCCGCCCACGGCAGCCAUCAGGAAGCCUGCUGCUCCCCGUCUGCUGAGACCCCUCCCCCAGCACAGACCUUUGACUGGAUGAAGGUGAAGAGGAACCCUCCGAAAACAGGGAAGGCGGGGGAGUACGGUUUUGUCGGUCAGCCCAAUACAGUGAGAACCAAUUUCAGCACAAAGCAGCUAACCGAGUUGGAGAAAGAGUUUCACUUCAACAAGUACUUGACGCGGGCCAGGCGGGUGGAAAUCGCGGCUGCCCUUCAACUCAACGAAACCCAGGUAAAAAUCUGGUUCCAGAAUCGGCGAAUGAAGCAGAAAAAGCGGGAGAAGGAGGGCUUCGCCUCAGUUUCUCCGGCCACUCCUGGGAGUGAAGCGAACACAGAAGACACCUCAGACAAAUCGAACUCUACCUCGUCGACCCCCUCCCCAUCAUCAUCUACCUCAGAAACGAUUCAUACUUCAGGCUGAAACAUUCCACAGUAACCCCCAAAACUGGGAACCAAUUCAUUUGAUAGUUGUUUCAAGUUAAGAGGGAAAGAUGUAAUGAGACACAAAUUUAUCGGUAACAACUCCGAAUAAACUUAUUUUCUUUGGGGAAAUGAAUCUGCCAAUCUCUAAACGUACUAGAGGUGCACUAUUAUAGAAGUGUUUACACUGAGAACCAACUACUGUAUAAUAUAAUUGUCCUAUUUUAAUUUAAUAAUGUGUUGCAUAUAUUGUAAGCUGCGCUGGUUGUAUAUAUUUUGUCAAGAGUUUUAUCUUUUUACAAGUAUUUUCUAAAAAAUUAAUACUGAAAGCCAGGGUCCAGAGACCAUAAUAUGACAUAGCUGUAGAGUUUUUAUAAGCGAAGUGUUAUCAAUGAUUCGAAAUAUACGUCAAAUGUUUCUUGUACUUUCAGAAAGCGGAGCUGAGUAGAUAGGAGAGCUCUCCUGAAACUGACGAAGAUUAUAUGUACAGAAAUUACCAUUGCACUGGGCUAUGUAUAACUUAAAACAAUGUUAAAUGUGUUCCCCCCUCCAAUGUAAAUGGGUUGUCUCAAGACCAGCAGUAGCACCUUGUUAAAAUACCUCAAAAUGAUCAUGUUUACUCCGAUAUUUGUUGGACUUGAUUUCAUAAACUACCUGUCAAUGUAAGUUACAGCCAAACGAUUGUUAUUUUGUGUGCGGAAUUUUGCAUGAGACAAUGCUGUCAGUGUGUACUUAACCCAUUGCUGAGUUUUAUCAGUUUUCCUGUGUGACUAAAUGUAUUAUACAAUCAGCACGUGAUUUGAAUCAGUUCUGAGAUUUUCUGCGAUUGAAAUCCAGGACAGAAUUUACGGGUCCAAAUAAUAAAUUAUAUUAAAAUGC